AAAUUUGUUGGAAAGCAACUCACCAUUUAUCUCGAGAUAAAUCUCAUAAAGGUACCAAAUUAAUUUCUGAAAAUUGUUUAAAAGAGAAAAUCAACUGUUGUUAUACUUAAAAUAAUAUACAUAUUUGGUAUAUUAGUGGUUCAAGAUGUCUGACCGUGAUCCGCGAAAUGAAGGUCGCGUAUCUCGUAGCAGUGACGGCAGAGGUUCGCGCAUUAGUUCGUAUGGCCGUCGUUCGGAUGAAGCAGGACAAUUAGGACCCGAUGCUAUGAGAGCUUCCGGAUCACGCCCUCAACGUGUAGGCCCUGGUGCAGUACCAGGUGUUGUGGCCCUUGAUAGUUCUCGACCAGUGGUUCGUUAUCCAAUGUCUGCUGACACAGCAAUUCAAGAAGAUGCAGCAGGACGUGUACGAUCUUUGGCAGAUGAUACCGGCGCACUUGGACGAGCAAAACCGACAGAUAUCGCACCAACUCCAACUGCUGCAGUUCGCGGUAACAUGCGAGGUCGUCGUGCUAUGUACGAUAUGGAGGUGACUCGACCAGAGAGUGUGGCUGGUUCAAAGAAAGGAUUAACUGGUCCUCUCCUUCAACUUAAAACAAACUACUUUAGAGUUCAACGCAAAAAGAUUUGGGGCUUGUAUCAAUAUCACAUUGAUUUUGCUCCUGAGGUCGACAGUACUGGUAUCCGUAAGUCCUUGAUGCGUCCCUUCAAGAAUCAAUUCAGCGGUUUCAUCUUUGAUGGAUCUAUGUUGUGGACCACAACAAAGUUGCAGAACGAAGUAACAAAAUUAACUGCAGCCAAGGCUGAUGGAUCGCCCGUUAUCAUCACUGUCAAGCUUACAAAAGAAGUCCAGAUGAAUGAGAGUGCCUCUUUGCAGAUUCUGAACGUUGUCUUGCGCAAUGCAAUAGAAAAAUUAAAGCUUCAAUUGGUUGGACGCAACUAUUUUGAUCCGAUUGCCAAGAUCGCCAUUACGGAUUUUCGUUUGGAGUUAUGGCCCGGAUACAUAACCUCAAUUCGACAACACGAAAAUGACAUUUUGAUGUGCACUGAAAUCUCAUCAAAGAUAAUGCGUCAAGAGAACUUGCUUAACAUCCUUCAGGACUGUGUCAAAAAUCAUCGGGAAUACAAGGAAACGUUCUCUAAAAUGGUCAUUGGGAGUACUGUCUUAACUGAUUACAACAACAAAACUUAUCGCAUUGAUGACGUCGAUUGGGAUAGCUCUCCAAGCACUACUUUUGAUACGCGUGAUGGACCAAAAUCUUUCAUUGAUUACUAUCGCACUAGAUACAAUAUUUCAAUUAGAGAUCAUCGUCAACCAUUGUUGAUCUCUCGUUCAAAGGAUCGUCAACGUCGACAAGGUCAAGACGAAAAAAUAUCUUUGAUUCCAGAAUUGUGCCGUGCAACUGGCUUUACUGAUGAUAUGCGUAACAAUUUCCGUCUUAUGAAAGCAGUGGCUGAACAUACGCGACUUGGUCCAGCACAGCGUGUUAGACGUCUGUUGGCCUUCAAUCAACGACUCCAAAACACACCUGAAAGUGUAGAAGUAUUUCGUGAAUGGAACAUGCGUUUAUCACCAGACUUGGUCGACGUUACUGGUCGCGAGCUACCGCCUGAGAAAAUUGUGUUCGCCAAUCGAGAUGCUAAUGGAACUUUGGAAGCAGAUUGGACCCGCGAAUUCCGAAACUCGAAAUUGUUUACGACUGUACCUCUAGAUAACUGGCACGUGAUUGCACCAAAUCGGGCUAAACGCGAGACAACAGACUUCAUAAAGAUUCUUCAGGAAGCUGUUGCAGGAAUGGGUUUCCGUAUUGGACAACCACAAUUACAAAUGAUUGAAAGUGAUCGCAACGACGAGAUCAUGCAUGCCAUUGAUAAUUGUAUCAAAGCAGACCCACAAUUGAUAAUGAUAGUCGUAACGAACAAUAACAGCUCACGGUAUGCCGCAAUCAAAAAGAAAUGUUGCGUUGAUCGAGCUAUUCCAACACAGGUUAUGGUGUUGAAAACAAUUACACCAAAAGGUGGAAACGUACGUGGAUUGAUGUCUGUGGGCACCAAAGUUGCCAUUCAGUUAAACUGCAAGCUAGGCGCAGCACCGUGGUUUGUCAAGUUGCCAUUGAACGGAACAAUGAUUGUGGGAUUCGAUGUAUUUCAUGAUACCAAAAAUCGAGCGUUGUCUUACGGUGCUUUAGUGGCAUCUAUGGAUCUUCGAGAAAGUUGCAAAUAUUUCACUACAGUAACACCACAUCGGAAUGGCGAGGAGUUGGCCAACAAUUUGACACUGAACUUUACAAAAGCUCUCAAGGAAUACCGUUUGGAACAUGGAUCACUGCCUUCACGCAUUAUAAUCUAUCGUGACGGAGUAGGAGAAGGUCAACUUCAUUACGUCGUCGAACAUGAACUUGAAAGUUUCAAGAAAGAGAUGAACAAACACUACCAGAAUGCGGGUCAAGGCGAAGCUCGUGUUGCCUUUGUCAUUGUGAAUAAACGUUUGAAUACUCGCAUCUUCAAUCAAGAUCGGAAUCCUAACCCUGGGACAAUCGUGGACGAUGUUAUUACACUACCAGAGCGCUACGAUUUCUACCUGGUUUCUCAGUCUGUUCGACAGGGAACCGUUUCGCCGACUGCCUACAAUGUCAUUUACGAUACUUUGGGCUUGCCACCAGACAAACUACAAAUCCUUACGUACAAGAUGUGCCAUCUUUACUACAAUUGGUCGGGAACGACACGCGUUCCUGCAGUUUGUCAAUACGCACACAAGCUGGCUCAAUUGGUGGGAGAGCACAUUCACCAAUCGCCCAGUCAAGCACUGAGUAAACAAUUGUACUUUUUGUGAUGUACUUAUUUUUUAUGCCAUUAAUUAAACAUGAAUUUAAAUGAUAAAUAUUUAUGAAAACACAGAUUUUUUUUAUAUUGUAUUGAGCAUCAAGAUAAGGAUACAUACGCAUAGUACAAAAAAAAGAAAUAUGUAGUUAACC